ACUCCGUUCCGUUUUCAUAUGAAACGUUUCCAUUUCGGGUCACUGGUCCCUUCCGGAAACCCUAUUUUCUUCGCCGGCAAAAUCCCGUUCCUCAAACCUCAUCGUCUCCUCCGUCCGCCGCCUCGUGAUGCGUGACUAGCGAAACCACUUAGCUGGCGCCACUGUGCUCCCUGUUGGUCAGUUAUUGAUCAGCAUAAUUAAUUAAGGUUGCUGUCGAUCGCUUCAACUCGGAAGGAAUUCCAGUCCUGUAGAUGUAGAUGGGGAUUUGGAUCGGACGUUUCGACAAACUGCAUUUUGGAUAAGAUGAAGUGAGUAGCGGCGUGACGUACUGUGCCGUACGCCUCUGACUCUCUGCUUUAGCGCUGCACGCCAGCUGGUCGAUCUGGGACACCUGAAGAGAGAAGUGCUUGUCUUCCAGCGUCGGUGCGCCCAGUCAUGGCCUUGUAGCUUAUCUGCUUCGUCCCCACAACUUUAAAUACGAAUUGAGUUAGCAACAGCCCAAAGAUUUGCAGAUAGAGAGAGAGAGAAGGAAGGGGAGACAGAGAGAGGAAUGGAGUGUGGUGGUUCAUGCAGUGGUUGGUUGCAUCUUGGUUCUGUGUCAGGGUGUCAUGUCUGUGGAGAAAGGGGCGGGCGUGAACCAGAAGCUGUUCGGAGGGCAUGCGAUUACGGCGGCGGCGAGGGAGGGGCGGGCGGAGGUGGUGGAGUUGCUGCUCAAAGCCGGGGCGUCGCAGCCCGCCUGCGAGGAGGCGGUGGUGGAGGCGAGCGUCCACGGGAGGGCACGACUCGUUGAGCUUCUCAUGCGCUCUGAUCUCGUGCGGCCUCACGUCGCCGUCCACGCGCUCGUCUCGGCGGCCUCCCGGGGAUACGUCGAUGUCGUCGACGGCCUCCUCGAGGGCGGCGUAGAGGUCAACGCGACUUCCCGUGUGCUCCUCCGCUCGCUCAAGCCAUCGUUGCACACCAAUGUCGACUGCACCGCGCUCUUCGCUGCCGUCGUCAGCCGCCAGGUCGCAGUCGUCCGGCGUCUACUCCAGGCCGGAGUGCGCAAGGAAGCGAAGGUUAGGCUGGGCGCGUGGUCCUGGGACGCCGCCACUGGCGAAGAGCUCCGCGUCGGGGCCGGUCUCUCGGAGCCCUACGACGCCACGUGGUGCGCCGUCGAGUACUUCGAGUCCACCGGCGCCAUCCUCCGACAGCUCAUGCAGCAUCACUCCGCCAUUGAUGCCCCCCACCACGGCCGAACGCUCCUCCAUCAUGCUGUCCUCUGCGCCAACCCCGGAGCCGUCGACGCCCUGUUGGCCCUCGGCGCUAACCGCGAGCUCCCGGUCAAGGCCGGCCGCGACGUCGAAUUCCGGCCGAUCCACCUCGCUGCACGGCUCGGCUUCGUCUCCGUUCUGCGAGUUCUCGUCGACAAGGCUGGAUGCGAUCUGAACUCGAGGACCGAAUCAGGGGAGACGGCGCUGAUGCUCUGCGCGCGCCACAAACGUGACGGCUGCCUGCGAAUCCUCAUAUCCUCCGGCGCCGAUCUUGGAUUGCGGAGCUUCUCCGGAGAUUCGGCUAUAUCUUCUGCUGCUUCGAGCAACUGGAGCAUCGGUUUCCGAGACGCCGUCCUCUGUGCCAUCUGGUCCGGCGAUGUUCCUCGGUCGAGCAAUCCUUCCGUCUUCUCACCAAUCGCGUUCGCUGCCCGUCACGGCGAUGUUGCAGCCUUGGAGGUAUUAUUGAGACGCCAUGAAAUCGACAUCGACGAACUAGACGGCGUCGGCGACACCCCUGUCAUGAUAACGGUCAAGGAAGGCCACGUAGAGUCUUUCCGCCGCUUGGUCUUCUCCGGCGCCGACAUGAAGCACCGAAACAAAGAAGGUGAGACUGCGAUCGAUCUCUUGCGUUCGAAGGAGAAUCGCGAACUAUUCGAGCAGGUGAUGCUCGAAUUCAUGCUGGAACGAGGUGGAACCGGACACUUCCACGCCCUGCACUUCGCCGCUCGCCGGGGAGAUAUAGCGGCGGUGCGGCUUCUGACCAGGAGAGGGUGCAACGUGAACUCCCUCGACGUCGAGGGCUACACGCCGCUGAUGCUGGCUGCGAGGGAAGGACACGGGGCGACCUGUGAGGCGCUGAUCCUCGCCGGCGCCGAGUGCCGCCUCGCGACGCGGCGCGGCGAGACUGCGCUGUCGCUGGCGAGGGCGAACGCGAAGCUGGGGAAGGAGGCGGAGGAGGUGAUACUCGACGAGAUGGCGCGGGCAGUGGUGGUGGGCGGCGGCCGGGUGAAGAAGCACACCAAGGGCGGGAAAGGGGCGCCGCACGGGAAAGAGCUGAGGAUGGUUGAGGCAACGGGUUUGCUACGGUGGGGCAGCGCGCGCCGGAGGAACGUGGUGUGCGGGGAAGCUGCAGUGGGCGGGAGCGCAGCCUUUCGGAAGAACCGGAAGGCGAAGGGCGACGCCGUCGACGAGGCCGCACUGUUCAGGGUGGUGACGGCGACGGGAAAGAAGAGGGAGGUGCACUUCGUCUGCGAGGGAGGUGAUGAAGAGGCGCAGCUUUGGGUGAGAGGGAUUAGACUUGUAACCACGGCAGCGUUGGGGAAUCCGAAGUCGUGCAGUUCGACUUCUUCUUGAAGGCAAUCCCAAGUUGUGCAGCAGUUGGACUUUUGUUUAUUUCGUCUGUGUUGUGUCGAGUGGUGUGUCACGGUGCAGCAUACGGACUUCAUUGAGAUCUUUGGAAGGUUUCUUCUGCUUACAGCUCAUUGUACAAUAUCCGAUGCUUUAUUUGAGAUUUGGGUUGGAAGUCUCUGUAACUUGUAAUGGAGGCUAUGUAUUUACUUUAUUUUUAUAACCAAGGUGUUCAAACCCAA